CCGAGCCCAGGAGCCCGGGUCUCGCAGCCGCACCCUCUAUUAAGCCCUUCGCUUGGGGGUCGCGGCCCUCUGCGCUGUGCGCGGGGCCUGUGACAUCUCCAUGUGCAAAUCCCGCUGCUUAGACGGGCGCAGGCCGGGUUUUUGUUUUUAAAGAAAUUAACUGCUCGGCCACGCAGGUGCUUUUGAAAGGGGUUGCAAAGGCUGGCAGUGUUGCCAGGCACAGAGGGGACGUUCCGGUUUACUCAGAUUCACCCCUAGGGCGGCGCCCGACCCCAGGGUUCCCAGCCAUCCAACCCCCACCCCAAUUUGCUGGGGCCCUGUCUAUCGCUGGGCCCCUGACCCUAGGGCAGCGUCAGAUCCCUAAAGCCCCCAGGUCCCAUCCAGUCUCCUGGUCCCAGAACCCCUCCCCACAUCAAGUUCCAUUCUGGCCCAGAGCAUGGAGGUUAAGCUGUGAAAUGCUGGAGAUGAAAUCCGGGCUUCCGCUUUGGAGCACCCGGGCAGAGCAGAACAUCUCAGUAGUUCCUGGAGAUUGGCGGGAGUUCCAGACACCUUAACCCUGCCCAUAAAUGGAAUCGCAUUGCCCCCGAGCCCUGAGACGUUGUGGAGUCCCAGAGCCCCAGGACUUGAUUCCAGAGAGGAAAUCAGAUCCAGAGAGACCGGGCAGAGGUGUGGCAUGUCCAGCCCUCUCUCUUCGGCCCAGGCUCAAGCCUCCCCUCCCUGUUACCCUCCCCAGCCUCGAGUUAGUUCAGCUGCUGGACCUGGCCACUGGAAGCCUGUGGGGCCCUGCAGCGGGGUGGUCGCAGGGGAAAGGUUCUCCAGGGCGGGGGAGCGCUCCGUAGGAGGACUCUCGGCCCGCCGGACAAUGGCAGUUUUGGAGAGUGAAUCGUCCUCAGCAAGAGUGUUGUUUGUUUUUUGGAGGGGGUGGUCACGAGGCUGGGUCGCAACCUAGGGGGAAGAGCCUAGAGCUCGAGGAAAGGGGGGCCCCCGGCGGCAACUGGACAUCACAUAUCCACUGAGCAGAUUUCGCCACAAUCGGAAAUGUGGCUGUGGAUUCCCAGGCGGCCCCCCCACCAAGUGGUCUGCGCAGUUCCCCAGCGCCGCCUCCUCUCUGCAGCCUGCCGGCCCGUGUCCCUACCCCGCAAUUUGAUUUUUGGCUAUCUCCGAGCGCUCGACUCAUUCCCUCCGCAGCCUAGCCCCAGCCCACGCCGGGAGGCAGCGCCUGGGAGGUGCGGCCUGUCCGCGCCUGGAGAUCAAAAGCCCUCCCGGAAUUGACAUUUCACCCCGGGCUGGGGGCGGGGGUGUUGGUGUUUUGUUGUUGUUGUUGUUUCCAUGUAGAGGGUUUGUUUUGUUUUUGUUUGUUUUCUGUGAGUUUUCAUUUAUCCAUGGGAGAUUCUUUUGUUUCGGGUGUUUUGCGUGUUGUUUUUUCGUGGGAUUGAUUUUAGCGAGUUUUGCUCUGUAAGUCCUGGUCUUUGGGGUGAGUUUUGAUUUUGUGUGAUUUUGUCCUUUGUCCUUGCAGGCUGUCUUUUUGUGUGUCGUUUGUAAGGCUUUUCCUUCUCCGCGGUGUUUAGAUGUGUUUUGAUUUGGUGUGAGUGGGUGUCGUUGGUGUGUGUGUUGCCUUAGGGAAUUUCGUGUUGUGUGUGCUUUGUUUCCCUCGAUUUGGAUUUUAUUUUUUUGAGCUGUACGUUUUGAUGGGGGCUGGGGUUAUGUUUUCAUGUGUUGGCUUUAGUUUUUGUGUUUGUGAGAUGCUUUGGUGAGAGUUUGCAAGUGUAUUUUGGCUUUUGUGGGGCUUUGGGAUUAGGGAGGGGACAUCAGCCACUACUCCGUUCCUGCCCACACCCAUGAAGGGCAGAGGAUCAGGCCAAGCAUCACGAAUCGUGAGUUCGCCGUGCUCCGCCGCGUCGCGCUCUGGACGCUCGAGACCAGAGGGAAACAAAUGUGGUUCCCGAGGGGGCGCCCGCUGGUCGUCAAAACCUCGCGGGCCCGGAGGCGCCGGUGCUGGGUCAGAAUCACAGAGCCCCCCUCGCGGGGUACCGAGGCCCAGCCGCCGUCCCCUUGCCCACCCCGUCCCCUGUGAGUCGGUCUCCCCUAGCGCCUGGACAGCGUGCUUCGGACCGUCCGGACUCCCGCAGCGUUGGCCCAAGGGGCGGGUCCCCGCAGCGGAGCAGGUGACGAACCACUUCGGAGGACACGGAAUUGACGCUGUGGCCCUAGAGAUAGGGGACAAGGGGCCGGAACGCGGGGAGUCUAGGCUCAGAUGGGCAUCGGGAUCCCGGGAAAAUCCCCCAUCUCCCUUGACCGCAGCCCUAGAAUUCCAGAAACCCAACUCCGCGCAGCUUUCGGUUUGGAGAGCCCGCCCUGGUUUGCAAGCACAGAUACAUGUGCCCACACCCGAACACACGCAGACACCGCCAGAGAGCGAGACAGCGAGCGGGCGCCUCCGUAGCAGUGGCCUGUGGGGCGGAACCGGCGCUGGCGCCGCCUCAAGGGGAAACCGAACUGUAGUGACCGGAAAUGUUCCGAGGACAGAAUAAGCCAUUCUUUCUGUCCACGUUGCUAGGACUUCUCCAGCUCAACACACCUUGGUUUAUUUAAUGUUACACAAGGGACAAGAGGAGAGGCAAAUUUAGAAGCAGAGACACAUGCUGGCUCAAUUGGCGAGGAAAUACAAGCAGAGUCUAUACAGAAAGAAAUAUGGAACGGGGAGACUAGACUGUGGGGAAGGCAGAUUGGAGGCCCCGAAAAGGGGCUGGUGCGGAGGCUCCUCCAGGCCCCUGCUCGCUCUGGCAUUCUGUGAGAAGGAGAAAGCAGAAACCGAAAACAGAGAGUGACAGGAAAAGAAAAGAGACGCAGAAGGGGUUGGCCUAGGCACGCUGCGAGCUUCCCUCCAGCUAAGACGCUGAGGGCAAGGGAGGGGGAGGCCGACGUUGCCAGGCGAGAGGCCAAGGUCGGGCUCUUUAACUCAGCCAGGAAACAUCGUGGGGGGCUCCAGGGCUCGUGGAGCCCGAACUGGAGCUCAGUUCCGGCCCGGUGCCCCUCUUCCCUAGACGCCUAGCCCGGAAUCUAGCAAAGGCUGGGCCAUCGCCGUCCGCCGCUGGGCCUCCCUCUGUGCGAGUCCUGGGAGAAGCCGCAGGGAACGACUCUGGCACUGGGGCUCGGCUCCGGAGCUCGCGAAGAGCGUGAGUGGGAGCCGACAUCCAGGCAGGAGGCAAAGAAGAGGCCCCGCCCUAAAGCUAAGGGCCCAGUUCUUCGAGAGCCUGUGGCCGGAGCUGGACUCACAGGAUUCGGGGUCCGCACAGCGCGCACGUGGUACCGCAUCUUCGGCAGGCGGCGCCCCCAAUGCCCAGCCCCGCCCUGCUUCGUUUGCCGGGCCUGAACGGUGUCAGCAUUGAGGGUGGACGCCGAGUCGCGGCGAGUUGGUCCCUUGCGGUAUAAACUUGGGGCUUGCCUAGGGGCGGUGCCGGGAUGGAUGGGGGCGCCUCUCCAACUGCAACUUCCCCAGCGCAGAGCGCAAAAAGCGCACUUCGCGGGCCAGCAGCCGCCUCGGGGUUUCAGGCGGCGCCCGCGGCAGAAAGGAGCUGAAGAUUGGUUUGGGUCAAAACACCCAUUUCAGCUGGCAGUGGGGUCCUCUGCGCAUACAGGGCUUCCAACUCCGGGUGCUGGCUCGCUGGGGCACCAUGUGCCAGCGACUCGCCACCCGGAAAUACUUGUGUUGCGCUAGAAUACGCGAUGGGUCUGUGUUCGGGUAACCUGGGGCUCAUGGUGGGUUGUUGCUGUUGUUGUUUUACUUUACCGCUUUUCUUGCUUUCAUUAGAAAUGUUACUGAGAGAAGCCUCAAAGAGCGCAGACCUGGGUCGUUUGGAUGGGUUCAUUUCAACUCAAAUCCAGUAAUUCAAUUCAGUUCCACGACUGGUUUCCAGCGCACAGGUACACAUGGCAGACGUCAAGUGUAUGCCGUAUGCAUAUGCACAGAGACGCUAUUUGAAGGCAACUCUUGGAGAAUUUUGAGAUAAAAUUCACUCUCCUGGAGUUACAUUCGCAAUAUAUGAAUAUGGAAAACAGGCAAUCAGUUGUAUUUAAAAUUUGCCAACACGUCCCAGCAAUCCACUCUCACCUAAGAAUCCAAAAUAGGGCAUUGAAAAGAUUUACUGGCAUUCUGGUUGUUUAACAUUGAAAACAAGUGUAAAUCAGUUCAUUUCUCUUUAUAUUUAUUUUCAAAUUUAACAAUACCAUAAUAAAUGUAAGUAAUAAAACCAUAUUUUGCUAAA